AUGGCGGGCUUGGAUCGAGGGGGACACCUCACGGGCACAACCCGCGUGUCGCUCAACCACCGCGCCUUCGGCGUCCAUCGCCCACCUCACGUGCGGCCCCUUGCGCUGCAUGCCAAGGCUGAAUCUCACACCGAGGGUGUCCGGCCCAGGUUGCAGCAACGUGCCGACCUGUGCGAGCGACAGCUGUCCUCCCUGGAUGUCUCCACCACCGGAACUGGGGAGCCUGGGCUGGGCGGCAACAUCCUGCCCCACGCUCGUCCCAGGCGGCGCCUGAAGGUGGCUGUGGAUGUGGAUGAAGGUCGCUUCCUGCACAGUCUCAACCAGUUCUGCUUGGAGGAGCAUGGCCGUGAGUACCAGGUGUCUGACUACUUCCUCUACGACUUUGCCAAGGUGUGGAAGUGCAGCCAGGAGGCAAGCAACGUCAUGGUGCACAACUUCUUCAAGUCGCACCAUUUCUCGGCUGGCAUCCAGCCCAUUCCAGGUGCGCUGGAGAGCCUGAAGCGGCUGCAGCCCUUUGCAGAGCUGGUGGUGGUCACUUCCCGCCAGCACGUCAUCCAGGAACCCACCCUGGACUGGGUAGAAACCCACUUCCCCCAGGUCUUCAGCAGCGUGCACUUUGGCAACCACUACGCGCUGGAGGGCGCCUCACUCAGCAAGGUGGAGAUGUGCCGCGGCGCGGGCGCGCAGGUGCUGGUGGACGACAACCCACGCUACGCGGAGGAGUGCGCCGAGGAGGGCCUGCACGUCCUGCUCUUCGACUGGGAGGGCGGCUACCCCUGGGCCAGCACGCCGGCAGGGCCCUCCCACCCGCGCAUCACGCGCGUGCACGACUGGGCGGGCGUGGAGCGGGAGCUGCACGCCCUCAGCCGCCGCCUGGCCCAGGAGGAGUAG